UGAAAGGGUAGGGGAACGGUGCCUCCUCCUGAGGGGCCUAAAUUAUGCUAAUCGUUUUCGGGAGGCGUCCCCAGUGCCAAGCCUGGGUGCCGCCGCCGAGGAAAAGAGCUCAAGUUUGGAACGAGAACAAGGCAAAGCGAGCCGGCCGUUGGGUCCAUCCCUUGCCUUCAGCAGCCCAGCUGCGCGGCGCGCUCGCGGAGAUGCUGGCUAGGCGCGGGUAAGGGGAGCUGGCACAUUCCUCCGCCUCGGCUCCAGUGGCCACCUCAGAGCCCGCCACAGUCGCUUCGUCCAGAUGGAGCCGCGCUUCAGGCGCGUCCAGGUGUUGCUUCUGUACGUCUGGAUUCCUCAGGCCCUGUUCUCGUGGAGCGUGGCGGCGCAGCCGGCUUCCAGAAGCGCGGCCCCUGGCCUGGCAAGGAACAGCAGAAGUGCAGUACUUCAGAAAGGAGAUCCUAGCGCCCUGGGAGAGCAGGUAUUUGGAACAUCAGUUUAUAACUCUUCAUCUACUACAAUAUCUUCUUCCAGUCAAAGAAGAUUUCGCAACACAAUAUGUGAAUCAUCUGAUUCGUUCACAUGCUUUAAUGGGGGUGAGUGUGUGCAUUGGCAACUGUGUGACUGUAGUCGAUAUAAUGCAACUGGAUCAAGAUGUCAGAUAGUAUACAACACAGGCACAGAACGAGACAACAUUUGCCGUACGUGGGGACAGUACCAUUAUGAAACUUUCGAUGGAUUGUACUACUUUUUCUCUGGGAAAUCUACAUAUGCUCUUGUAAGACAGAAUGAACUAGAUGAACAGAGCUUCUCUAUACAAGUCCAGAAUGAUCCAGAAUGCAAGUCUUCUCCCUAUUCCUGUAAACGAUCCAUUAGCCUAUACUUUUCUGGAGAUGGGGAAAUCAGAUUAACUAGCAAGGUCACUUACAAAGGAAUUGGAAUACAAUUACCAUAUACCAUAGGGAACUUGUACAUCCAAAAAUUAGCUGGAUAUGUCAUUGUGAGACACCAGUAUGCUUUCUCUCUGGCUUGGGAUGGUAUAUCUGCGGCUUAUAUUAAGAUGGCUCCUGCCUAUGUGGGAAAAACUCAUGGAUUGUGUGGUAACAACAAUGCCAUUCUGCAAGAUGAGCUUGCCACUAGUCAUGGAAAACUUACUGAUGACAUUGAAGAGUUUGUAGAAAGCUGGAGAGAAAAUCCACCCCAGGAGAAUAUCCUCUCCUGGGAUACCUCAUUUAACUAUGAGCCCCCCUGUCUGACUCAAAGUCAAGCAUUUUUACAGAGGACGUACACGCUAUGCAGCAUGCUGCUCUGGCCCCCCUUCAGAGUGUGUCAUGAAUUUGUGAGCCCAUUUCCUUUCAUGGCCAGUUGCACAAAUGACCUGUGUAUGUCUGCAGCUGAUAAUGCGACUUGGUGUCGGGCAUUAACCGAAUAUGCAAGGACUUGUGCUCAAGCAGGAAAACCUCUCCAUGAGUGGCGGGCACGGUUUCAGGAAUGUGUUGUUAAAUGUGAAGAGCAUCUUGUCUACAAUGAAUGCAUUGACUGUUGCCCAGUUUCAUGUCAGCAAAAAACUCAUUGUGUUGACAGUGAACUGCCCUGUGUUGAUGGAUGCUAUUGUCCAGAUGGACUUAUUUAUGAAAACAAAUUAUGUGUAAGGCCUACAGAAUGCCCUUGUGAUUACCAUGGAACUAUCCACAGAACUGGUGCUGUGAUUCAUGAAGAAUGCAACAACUGUACAUGCACUGGAGGAAAAUGGAUUUGCACAAAUUUUACCUGUCCAGCUGAAUGUUCAGUCUCAGGAGAUAUUCACUUCAUGACAUUUGAUGGACGCAAGUAUAGUUUUCAAGCUACGUGCCAGUAUAUUCUGGCAAAAAGCCUCACCUCUGGCAAAUUUGCUGUGACUCUGCAAAAUGCUCAUUGUGGACAGAAUCAAGAUGAAACAUGUAUCCAAUCAGUCAGUCUUAUUCUCAAUCAAGAUUUUAAGAGGCAAGUGACUCUGACUCAUUCAGGAGAUGUUUUGGUAUAUGACCAGUAUAAAGUUAAUCUGCCUUAUGUUGAUGAUGCUUUUGAAAUAAGGAAACUUUCAUCAGUAUUUUUGCAAAUUAAAUCAUAUAUUGGAUUACAAAUACUGUAUGACUGGAAGGGUCUGAGACUCUAUCUCAAAGUUGAUGCUCAAUGGAAAGAUGAUACUGUAGGUCUUUGUGGGACCUUCAAUGGAAACACACAAGAUGAUUUUCUAUCUCCAGUAGGAGUGCCGGAAAGUACACCUCACCUUUUUGGAAAUUCCUGGAAAACUUCAUCAGCUUGUGGUCUUGAGCAUGAUUAUUCCCCAAUUGAUCCAUGUGAUGUUCAUUUACAAGCAGCCACUUAUGCAACAGAAGUUUGCAGCAUCAUUACAAAAGAUCUCUUUGUCCCAUGCCAUUCCUACCUGAGCCCUCUCCCCUAUUUUGAACAGUGUAGAAGAGAUACCUGUAAAUGUGGGCAGAUCUGCAUGUGCUCCGCUCUGUCCCAUUAUGCCCACCUGUGCCAUAGAUAUGGAGUUGUGGUAGACUUUCGGAGUAAUAUCCCAGAAUGCGCUCUUUCAUGUGAAGAUACAAAGGAGUACAGUACUUGUGUAUCUACUUGUGGAAAAUCCUGCCAAGCAUUCUCCGUGCCAGAGACGUGCAGUGAUGAUUGUGUUGAAGGCUGCACCUGUCCUUCUGGAAUGUAUAUGAACAUCAAAACUGACAGAUGUGUACAACAAAAUGAAUGCCCCUGCUAUUUUCAGGGUAUUGACUAUUCACCUGGAGAAAAUAUAAUCACAUCUUUGGGCAAGUGCCAUUGCAGAGAUGGAAUUAUGAACUGCGAAGAAAACAACAUCGUUCAUGAUUGUCCUGAUGACCAGAUCUACGUAAACUGCAGUAAUCCACAAACAAUGGAACUAGGCAGGGAGAGAACAUGUGAAAAUCAACUGCUAAACCUCACUGUAUCUGCACAUCUUCCUUGUUUUUCAGGGUGCAUGUGUCCUCAUGGCCUUGUUAAACAUGGUGAUGCGUGCUUCAAGCUGGAUGAAUGCCCAUGUUCUUGGAAAGGCAAAGAGUACUUUCCUGGGGAUAAAGUAAUCUCUUCUUGCCAUACCUGCAUCUGCCAUCAUGGGUCAUUUGAAUGCACUUUCCACCCUUGCCCAUCAAUGUGUACGACAUAUGGAGAUCGUCAUUACAGAACUUUUGAUGGGCUUUCUUUUGAUUACAUUGGAAAUUGUAAGGUUUACCUGGUUAAGAGUUCCUCAAUUACUAGUUUCUCAAUUAUCACAGAAAACAUUAAUUGCUUUAACACUGGGAUCAUUUGCAGAAAGUAUAUUUUCAUUAAUGUUGGAAAAUCAUUCAUAAUAUUUGAUGAUGACACUGGAGAUCCGAGUCCAUUGAGUUAUAUAGACAAACUACAGCAAAUACAUAUAUGGAAAGCUGGAUUUUUCACACUUGUUCAUCUUCCUAAUGAACACAUCACAAUAACGUGGGAUCAAAGAACAACUGUCCAUGUAGAGACAGGGCCUCAAUGGCAGGGUGUGCUGACAGGAUUAUGUGGAAAUUUUGACUCAAAAACAAUAAAUGAAAUGAGGACUCCAGAAAAUUUUGAGUUAACAAAUGCACAAGAAUUUGGAAGUAGCUGGGCAGCUGUUGAGUGUGUUGACAGCUCUGACAUUCGGCAUCCAUGCAUUUUAAAUCCACUCAGAGAACCAUUUGCCAAGAAAGAAUGUGGAAUACUGUUAAGUGAAAUAUUUGAGUCUUGCCAUCAGGUGGUUGAUGUCACCUGGUUUUAUUCAAACUGUUUGACAGACACAUGUGGUUGUAACCAGGGAGGGGAUUGUGAGUGUUUCUGCACAAGUGUUUCAGCUUAUGCACAUCAAUGUUGUCAACAAGGAGUUACAGUAGACUGGAGAUCUCCUAGAUUGUGUCCUUAUGAUUGUGAAUAUAUCAAUAAAGUUCUGGGAAAGGGGCCCUACAAGCUGGUCAGCUUCUUGGACAGAGAAAUUGCAAUUGGAGCCAAACUGCUGGAUGGUUCUGUUUUUCCAGCAAGAGGAGAUGGCUUGCCUCCUGGGGAUGCAGUGCACUUUAUGCUGACAUCAGGACUGUAUAAGCCCAAAGCACAUGAUCCAAACCUGGUUUCAUUUGAAGCAGCUGACCGACCAAAUUAUUUUCUUCAUUUAGCUUCCAAUAAUACUUUGGUUCUUUCUAAGUAUGAAAGAAGUGAGCAUUUUCAGAACAGAUCAACUUUUGCCAUCCACAAAAACACAUGGCUUUCAGGAUACAGCUCCUUUGAGUCAUUUGCAGUGCUAGGCGCCUUCAUUCACAUUUCAGCUUCUUCUGUGAAUAUUGUUAAAUAUCAUCAUUCUGAGGCAUUCAGACUCUCUACACUUUUUAAACUUGAAGAUAAUAAGUUUAAGUUUUUGGCCCACACAACGUGUGAGUGGCGCUAUGAUGUUUGCACAAGCCCUUGUUUCAAAACAUGCAGAGAUCCUUUGGCAGAACACUGUCAGACUGUUCCAAAAGUGGAAGGAUGUGUUCCUAUGUGUCCUUCGCAUAUGGUUCUGGAUGAAGUGACUCAAAGAUGUGUCUAUUUUGAAGACUGCAUUGAACCUACAACUGAUAUUCAAAUUCCACCAACCACUUUAAAGACACAUACAACUUCAGGGACUAUUCAAACUUCUGCAGCAGUGCUGAGUAAAGAAAUAACCUCCUCUCCAAGGCCAGCAUCAAAAGACAGAGAAACAACACAUGCAUUCAAAUGGCAAUUCACUUCAACCAUAGACCAACCUAAAUUUUCUACUCUUCUACUGCGAAAUAUUACAGUUUUAGCCAUAUCUACAAUACCAAAAGCUUCAACAUAUUCAACUUUUGGUGCAAGCUCAAUGCCAGUAAUUUCACACCCAAUAUCUGAUAUUAGCCUCCCUUCUGCAGUUGAUGUUCUUCCAUCAACAACUGAGGCAGUUACAGGCUCUUUGCCUGGUAAACAGACAAGUAGGACAACACUUUCUUCAGUCUCCUCAACAUCUAUAAUCGCUGAAGCAGAAAGCAAAUUAAUUUCUACUUCAACUAUUAUUGUGCCACAGACAAUGAUUAUAGAUGAUAAAUCACCAGCUGUAACUAAAGCAGCACCAGAAACAAAAGUAACAGGUGUUGAGAGGUUCCUCACAGUGGGAACAGAAAGAAAACUUGAAGGUAUUACAGCAGGCAAAGUUUCUUCCUCAGUGACAUCAAAAACAGAAAGAACAAGUCCAUUUUUCACCAAAGCCACAUUACCAUCUUUGGAAAUAUCUCCCUAUUUGCCCACAGUGAAUAGGACAACAACAAUAGAUAGAACAAAGCAGGGUGUAAGUCAACCGACUGUAGUAGUUGCUAAUGUCACGGUCAGUUCAUUUUCUCCUUUAGUUACUACUUUAUCAACAGUAAAGCCAGUUGUAAAGCCAGUUCCUUCAGAAACAAUGAAAACAACAGUUGCUUUAAUCAAAGAAGAAAUUAAGACCACAUUUACUAUAACACCUCCAGUACUUACACGAUCUACCACCCCAGUCCCUGCACAUAUAAGUGAAUUGCUAUUUUCUACUGUUAAAAAAGAAAUGGCACAAACAUCAAGCAUUACAUACCCAAGUUCAUUUUUUCCUUUAUAUUCCGCUACGACUUCAAAACCUAGUAUUUCUCCCAAACCACCUGGAGUAUCUGGUACAAUUUCUCCAACUUUAAUAGACUCAAGAGAAUUUUUAGAAGCAGGAUUGACAAGCGAAUAUUCACCAUUUAUUCAGCCAAACAAGACAAAAGCUGUGACUGUUUUAUAUACUCAGUAUCCUGCUUCAUCUCACACUAUAAAAAUUACACCUCUCUCUACAAAAAUAAUUUAUAAAAUGACAAUUGCCUCAGAAUCACUAGGACUCGUUUCAGUCUCCCAUAAAACAUCAUCAGAGUACAAAACACCUUUGUCUCUGAAAACUACGAAGAUGAGUGUUGUACCAGAUUCUGAUUUUACAAAGGAAACUACAGCCAUGGGUGUUGUAGUUCCAUUGGUAACCAAAAAAAUGGAACCAGUUCAAACAACUGAAUAUUCAUUUACUUUGCAUGCUAUGACUGAUACAGAAAGAGUGACAGUAUAUCCUGGCACAAGAAAGUCAGAGAAAACCACUAGUGUAUAUACACAAAAGCCUUCUACUACUUUGCUUCCAAUGCCCAUUUCUACAGCAAUGAUAUCAAAGAGAGUCACUAGUCCAAUGUAUUCUGCACCUGAAGAUCAAGUUACCAUUGUAGCUACUCUUCAUCCCAUAACAGCAAAGACUGCAUCAAUUUCUUCAGAGUUGCCUCUUAUAACAAAGCUACUAAGCACAAUAACUCCAGAAUUGACAAUAACAGAAGCUUUAGGUGCCACUGAUGUUACUUUACCCACACAAACUGAAUUGAGCAGCCAGUCAUCAACUAUAAAAGAAGUAGCAUCAACCAAAGUAACAUCAACCCUCUCUUCCUCAGCUCCUCUACCUCUAAUGACGCUUCCUCCUACCACGCUUCACCUGGCAGAGACAACAGUUCUCCCGUAUGCUUUAACACAAAAAAUGCCUGAAGUAGCAGCCACUGCAAAACAACUAAUUGAGGUAACACAACCAUCUAUAACUUCCAAGUCUACUUACUCUGUUCAUACUUCUCCAUUGGAAGGGUUUACUUCCCGUGUGAAAGAAGAAUCUACUGUUCCAUAUUUUAUCCCCCAAACAGCAGGAAAACAUGUUUCUUCACCAGUAUCUGAAGAUUACUUAACAACCAAGGGAACUACUACAGUCUAUCAUUCUCCAGCUGAACUGGUAAGAACUAGUAUCCACCCCAAAAGUACAACCGAGUCAGCAGGCAAAGUUGCAGUGCCCUCUCUGUUCCAAAGUACUCAACUACCCGUGGCUCCUCUUUCAGCUGUAUCACUUCCUUCGAUAUUUUCAGCAAAAGCUCCUUUAACACGUGAAAAAGAAGUAGCCCACACACCAAAAAUUGAUUUAGGCCUCCAGACAACUUUGUUAACAUCAACUGGGAAAGCUACUGACUCAAUUUUCAGCACAAAACCUCUGCUUUCUACCUUUAAAGUUACUCUGUUGCCAUUGUCUACAAUAAAAGAGGAAGCAGUGGAGUUCUUUCCUACUGAAAAGUCAAAAACUGAUUUACCUGUCACAAAGCAAGCACUGAUGCCUCCUCAAACACUUACAGAGUCUACUGCUUUAUUUCAUGUAUUGGAACCAACAUCUUCUUCAUUGUUUAUACUGGAAGCACCAGAAGCCUCAGUUGUGAGUCAAACAGACUCACUAGUGGGGGUAUUUUUAACACCAAUACCAUCAACAGCUUUCACUUCAAUGAGCAAAAGUGCCACAGAGAAGAUUUCCAUUUUGUCUAAGCAAGUGCCACUUUCCACCAUUUCUUCUAGUUCAACAUUCCCUGCAUCCAGAGUGACACCAGCUACCCCAUAUUUUGCAACUACAACUGAAACAGCACCCCUUGCAAUAAGUGGUCUCACAACACUGAGUGCCACUAAAUCAUUAGCAGAAAAAACAGCAGGGAUAAAAGAAUCCACAACAUCCUUAUUUUCAGUUUCUUCUGCUGCUUCAGAAACAAAGAAUGUCACUUUUGAAAAAUCAGAGACUGAUGGACAAAUACUGGUUACAAAGCUUCCUGUGUCACAUUCACCCACACAUUCAUCUACCUCUCCUGCUUCACUUGGUUCUACUAUCCUAACUACAGUAUCCAAAACACCAUAUGUCAUGGAGAUGCCCACACCCUCAACAAGCACUUUGUUGAUACCACCAGCACUUCCAAAUGCUACAGGAGUCAUAGCAGUUCCCACCUAUUUAUCAGGAUUAACCACUGUUGAAACUGUCUCAGGAGUUACAGCAGCAGCUUUCAUGUCAUUUAAAGAAACAUCAACAUUACCAACAUGUGUCCCAAUCACAGAGAAUGAGUGCAUAAAACACAUUUGCUUAGAUGGACAACUAAUCCAAGUUAACAAAUCCCAGAACUGUCCAUACAAUGCAACUCAACCCAGCUGUGGAUUUCUUGGUUUUGCCGUUCAGGUUAAUGGAGAUAAAUGCUGCCCCAAGUGGGAAUGUGCAUGUCGAUGUACACUCUUCUCUGAUCUGAGCUUUAUCACCUUUGAUGGACACCAUUUGGCUUUAUUUAAGGAAGCAUCCUAUAUUGUCAGCCAAACUCAAGACGAGACUAUAAGCAUCCACAUCAGUGAUUGCAAAAACACUCAUAUGGGCAUUUUAACCUCUACUAAGCUGUGUCUGGCAAUGUUAAAUUUAACAUAUACAUCUAACCAGAUUAUCAUUGAUCGCUUAAACAGAAAGAUAGCUGUCAACUCAAGAUAUGCAUGGCCUACUGUUAGAAAGUAUGGAUUUAAGAUUGAGGACAAUGGAUUCAUGUAUAUUAUUGAAACUCCUACAAAUAUUAGAAUCCAGUGGUUUCACACCACUGGCAUGAUGGUAAUAGAACUCAACACAACCAAUGAUCCAAAAGCAAUGGGACUGUGUGGAUUCUGCGAUGGAAUCUCAGCAAAUGAACUCAUGCUACCCAGCAGGACUGUUGUAAGCACUGUGGGUGCUUCGGUUGUUUUUACAGACAGCUGGCAGGUGCCAAACACACUGAAGUAUAUUGGAGAACAGAGAAGCCAUGAAACUAACUGUUCAGUCACAGACUGUUCACUUUGUUUAAAUAUGUUACUGAACCAAACCUUCAGCAGCUGCCAUCCUUAUGUUUCUCCAGAUUCCUUUUGUGAUUUGUGGGUUCAAGACAAAGAAUACAUUCAAAAUCCAUGUAUAGCACUGGCUGCUUAUGUUGCAAUGUGUAACAAAUUUAAUAUCUGUAUAGAAUGGAGGAGUUCUGAUUAUUGCUCCUUUCCCUGUCCAGAAGAUUUCUCCUAUAAGGCCUGUAUAUCUGCCUGUGAUACACCAAGCACUUGUCAAAAUAUGGAGCCAGUACGUCAGGAUUCAGACUCUUGUUUAAUAUUGACUGAGGGGUGUGUCUGUGCAGAAGGGACCAUCCUUCACCGCAUUCACUCUGCUCUCUGCAUCCCAGAAGAGAAGUGUGCCUGUACAGACAUCUCUGGAGUGCCACAUGCACUGGGUGAGACUUGGAAAACCUCCCAUAGUGGAUGCUGCAUGCACAAAUGUGUUGACAAUGAAACCAUUGUUCCUGUGGAGUACAACUGCUCAGUAAAUAAUGACUUAGAAUGCCAUCGUUUUGGGGAAGUAGCUUUAAUUGCACCAGAUGAUCAAUCCUGUUGUCAACAGAAAGUCUGUACUUGUAAUCAAAGUCUCUGUGAAACAUUUAUUCCUGAGUGCAAAGGCCUAGAGAAACUGGCAGCUUAUUACCGGGAUGAUUCCUGCUGUCCUAACUACAGCUGUGAAUGCGAUCCAGCUAAAUGUGAGUCCAUGGAACAGAUUCCAAACUGCCGAGCAGACCAAACCCUGAUUGCUGCCCAUGUGGAAGGCACCUGCUGCAUAUCCUAUAUCUGUGCAUGUGGUAUUUGUUCUGAUCAAAUCCCAGAGUGUCAGGAAGGAGAAGUCCUUACUGUGGAAGGCAAUGCUACGGAUAGAUGCUGUCCUACUUACCAGUGCAUUUGUGAAACCUAUCGUUGUCCUGAAUUUAAGUGUGUGUUAGGUAUGUCCUUGGUAGAAGUGUGGAGUCCGGAAAAGUGCUGUCCAUAUCGAACUUGUGAGUGUGCAUGUGAAACAAUUCCUAAGCCCCAGUGUAAACUGGGAGAGAAACUAAUUAUAGAUGAACAAUUCCAGAACAGCACAGAAAAUGUUUGUCACUGCACUAACUACAAGUGUUCAAGAGACAAAGUGUGUCUAAGCAAUGAGAGAGGCAUUCUGCUUCCAGGACAGUCCAUUGUUGAACACUCGCCUGAUGGUGUUUGCCACACUUCCUAUUGCACAAACAUAAUUGAUCCUGUUACCAAGUACUAUCGGAUAAAUAUCUCCACUAUAGAUUGUGCGGCAAGGUGCAAAUCUGUAAGAACAAUAGAAUUAAACUAUGAGCUUUCUCUGAACCAAGUGUAUGAACCUCCAAAAGAUUUAAUAACUUGCUGUGGAAAAUGCAAGAAUGUGUCUUGUGUUUAUUCUUUCAACAAUGGAACAGUUUCACAUUUUAAGCCUGGCACCAGUUGGAUUUCAAACUGUGUCAGAUAUGACUGCACAAACACACCAUUUGGACCUGUUCUAAUUACAUCGUCCAUCAGCUGUCCGCCCUUUAAUGAAACAGAAUGUGUGAAGGUUGGAGGAUAUAUUGUACCAUUCCUGGAAGGAUGCUGUAAAACAUGCAAGGAAGAUGGAAAAUUCUGUAAAAAGGUGACUGUUAGGAUGACAAUACGCAAGAAUGAUUGUCGAAGCAACACACCAGUAAACAUUGUUUCCUGUGAUGGAAAAUGCCCUUCUGCGAGCAUAUAUAACUAUAACAUAAAUACAUAUGCAAGAUUUUGCAAAUGCUGCAGGGAACUUGGGCUACACAGACGAAAUGUGCAAUUAUAUUGCAGUGGCAACUCAACCUGGGUCAGCUACACUAUUCAAGAACCCACAGAUUGUUCUUGCCAGUGGUCAUGAAACAAUACUAAAAGAAGUCAGAAUGUUCAACAGCUUUGGGGAAAAUUAAUUUUAUUCCCAGAAUUAUAACAAAGAGAGGUGAUCAUGCAGUUGCUUACAGUUAUGAAAAGAAUCACCAUUUAAAUAAACUCCAUUGUUUUCUGAGCUCUCUGCUUAACAGAUGAAUUUUCAGGACUGAUGUUAAAAUUUAAGUACACAAUCCCACAAAAACAUGUGCCUUAUUGGAACAUUCAGUAUUCUGAGGGUUGGUUCAUAGCAUAAAAUUGGUUGAUCGCUUAUUUAACAGAUUGUGUGAGUGGUCUACUUAUGUGAGCAGUGUAAUGUGUAAAGAAACGACUCAUAGUGCCAUGAUACCAAUGGAUAUGAAGAGAGAAAUACACAUUUUCAAACUCUGCUGUUUGUGGAAAUUAUUGCCAUACUAUUCUGCAAACUACUGAUUCAUGUUACAUUGUUCUUACAAGUUCCUAUCCACAUUCAUGUAAGCUGUUAAAUCUGUGCAUUGUUUGUUGAUUGGGAUAUAUGAAUCUUCCCUUAGUAUGACUAAAAGAAUGGUCCUGAUCCAGCUCUAGUUGCAAUAAAACAGUUGUGUGUAACUGUUGAAGGGCCAGGGUGGGGAUGUGUGUUCCCCUAUAUACCCAGCUAGUUCAGCUGGGGUAGACGGGCAUGUGCAUCCAUUAACUAUACAUGGAAUAGUGCUACACACAGCACUCAUUUACUGGUUUGGGGCAAAAGGGGCUCCUUUCAGUCAAUAAUGUUUUUAUAGCUAGAUUUCUAUUACUAGACCUUCACAAUAAAAACAAAAACAAAAAAUCUGGAGUUUUUUAGGAUUGUGGUCUUUUUGUUAAUUUCUUUUCAUGUACAUGCCAACUUUCAAAAGAAAAGGGAUUGCCUCUGAAAGAGGACAUGAAACAGGUAGUACUGAUUUUUGUGGAAGUCUGAUGAAUUCUAUGUCAACUACAG